GUUCCAGCCUCACAAUGAAAGUGCUAGCCUGUGCAGUACCGGGGCAGAGCCAGCCCUGGACCCUGUCCAGGCUUGCUGAGCCAGCUACCUCUUUGUACUGCACACUAUAGACCCUAGUGUCUGCCAGGUUAUAAAAUGGGGGGUCGGCCCUGAGGCGCCCACAGCACCCGCCUGCCUCAACACAGCAUCAAGAACCAUGUCUCAGGCUGCUAAGGCUGUGCCCACCAUGGCAGUGAACCCGGGGCCUGAUGGCAAGGGGAAGGGGGGCCCAACCACAGGGCCAGCCCCAGCCCCUGGCUUAGCCCCGGUCCCAGCUUCUGUGCCCAGGCCCAGCGCCAAAUCAGGGGACCUGCCUCCUGGGAGCUACAGGCUGGUCGUCUUCGAGCAGGAAAACUUUCAGGGCCGUCGGAUUGAAUUCUCGGGGGAGUGCCUGAACCUGGGGGAUCGUGGUUUUGACCGAGUGCGCAGCCUGAUCGUCAUCUCAGGACCCUGGGUGGCCUUUGAGCAAUCUGCCUUCCGUGGGGAGAUGUUUGUCCUGGAGAAGGGUGAGUACCCACGCUGGGACACCUGGACCAGCAGUUAUCGCAGUGACCGGCUCAUGUCCUUCCGGCCCAUCAGGAUGGACUCCCAGGAACACAAGAUCUGCCUGUUUGAAGGAGCCAACUUCAAGGGCAACACCAUGGAGAUCCAAGAGGAUGAUGUACCCAGCCUCUGGGUAUAUGGCUUCUGUGACCGUGUGGGCAGCGUGACCGUCUCCGGUGGCACAUGGGUCGGCUACCAGUACCCAGGCUACCGCGGCUAUCAGUAUCUGCUGGAGCCCGGCGACUUCCGACACUGGAAUGAGUGGGGUGCCUUUCAGCCACAGAUGCAAGCUGUACGCCGCUUGCGGGACCGCCAGUGGCAUCAUGAAGGCUGCUUCCCGGUGCUGGCCACUGAGCCUCCCAAGUGAGCCAAACUGCACCCCUCCCCACUGCAGCCCUCCCUGCCUCAAACUGUCCCAUCUCCCCCUGCUAAUAAAAAGUUCCUACAGCCGAAA